UCCUUUUUAUUCUUUUUACCCUCUGCUCUUUUAUGGUUUGCCGUCGCAAGAUAACAUUCUCACCGAGAAAAAGGACAUCGCUCAAACGAGAGAAACAAGACCGAGCAAGGCAAGACGCGACCGCGGUCAUCGCGUCACAUAUCUAAAACACGUGCACAAAGGCGUCGUCGCCAAAGAAAAAAUUGAAGGAAAAAAAAAUCGAAGACGAAAAGGGAGAAGAAAAGAUCAAUGGCUUCUACUGAACAUAGCAGUUACAGGAACGCCUCCACCACGGCAGCGGUGGCCGCCGCCGCCGACGCCGAGAGGUACUUCUUCCCGCUGAAGAACGACGUGCUCGAACGCAAGUGGAUGUGCGAGAUCAAGCCCAAGGUCGAGGCGUGCCUGCGCAACGAGGGCAUCUGGCCGUGCAUUCGAACCGUCCACCUGUGCCGGCUGGGCCGCUCGGCGACCGACAGCAAGGUGGUUGCGCGCAUCUCGCACUUCAGGGCGCUGCCGGCCCGCUGGCAGAACCCGGCCCUGGAUGUCGCGCGCGCGACGUACGAGGACGUGCUGGGCGACGUGUUCGCGGCGUACGGGCUCGAGUGGGAGCUGGUCAGGGUCAAAGAGGCUGCCGCCGACACGUGGGCCGCGUCGACGGCGGGUGGGUGGCGCGACUUUACCGAUCCAAACGAUCCUUUGGCUCCAAGAUGAGAUUGCUCUGUUGGGCGCUGUGACUAGGAGGGAGGGACGGACGGAUAGAAGCAAAGAAUGGUAAAGAAGGCGUGUCUUUGACAAGCGGUCAGCACGAGAGUUUGCAGCACGCGAGUGCACGCCGAGUGCAGGGAUUAUACUCCUUCAAUGCGGCUCUCUUAAAACUCAUUUAAAAGAAAAAAAAAAUAACUGCAUAGAAAACAAGUAGAGGAAGGCACGGAAAUGAAAGUUUGGAACCCUGAUGCAACGGGGAAGCUUAGCGGAAAGUUUUGCACA